AUGCUCUCAAUUCUUGAUGGUACUCAACUUGCUGGAUUUGAUUCCGAUACUAUCAUCAAAGCCACCACUUGGAUUCUGAUGGGAGGAUCGAUUGACACCACUUCAGGAACUCUUAUAUGGAUAUUAUCUUGUAUGUUGAACAAUACAGGCACAAUAGAACAAGCACAAAAGGAGUUGAACAUCUAUGUUGGUAAAGACAGACUUGUAAACGAAACCGACAUAAGUAAGUUGGUGUACAUUCAAGCCAUCGUUAAAGAGACAUUAAGGCUACACCCUACAGCAAUUUUCUCAGGACCUCGUGAGUUUGCGGAUGAUUGCUUUGUUAAUGGCUACCACAUUCCAAAAGGAACGCAACUAAUCAUAAAUUUAUGGAAGAUUCACACGGAUCCUAGCAUUCGGUCAGACCCAUUGGAAUUUAAGCCAGAGAGGUUCCUUACCACUCACAAAGAUGUUGAUGUCAGAGGUAACCACUUUGAGUUGAUCCCAUUUGGAAGUGGAAUAAGAAUGUGUCCCGGACUAUCAUUUGCCCUUCCCAUGAUUCAUCUAACUUUGGCUACUUUCUUGCAAUCCUUUGAAAUUUCAAAGCCAUCUGAUGAACCCAUUGAUAUGACUGAAAUAUUUGGCCUCACAACUAUGAAAGCUACUCCCCUUGAUGUUCUCAUCAAGCCACGUCUUUCUUCUAGGCUCUACGGUUUAUCUUGAUAUAUUUUAUUUUAUUCAAAAAUAUUAUUUAUAUACUAAAAUUAAUC